UAUUCAUUAUGCCUCAGAUUACUUGUGCAGAGGUGCAGAAUGAGUUGUUCAACAUCGCGCAAGCCUUUACUGUUGCCUCUCACCUCAUGGAGGAUUCCGAUGACUCCAAUGAUGAUUCCUUUCAACUUAAUGAUGGCUUUGAUGAUGAAGAAGCACAAAAUUUCGAUGAAGAAUUUACUGAUAGUGUUGUUGUAAGGUAGGUGUACUAGCUACAUACCAUCAAUGAAUGAAGAUGAACCAGACAGUCUUGUCGAACCUUGUCGAACGAAAACGAGAGGAUGAAAACGAGAAAACAAGGCGACGGUAAAUCAGCCCGGAUCAAUCAGACAUCCAAAAGCGGAAUUCCGUGACAGCUCGUGAGGUGAGGCGGUGAGGUGAGGCAAGAAUUGAG